AUGGCUGAUGAAAUUCAAGCUUUAACAUCAAACAAAACUUGGAUCAUCACCACUCUGCCCCCAGGAAAUGACAUUCAAAUCAUCAACAAAACAAAACAAAUUCUGCAUCAACACUUUCACUUGAAGGACCUUGGACCAUUGAAGUAUUUUUUGGGCAUAGAAGUUGCAAGGAACACCACAAGCAUCAAUAUCAACCAACGAAAAUACACCCCCGAUUUGCUAUCUUCAGCUGGUCUUCUUGCUUGUAAACCGGCUAAAACGCCCAUGGCUCGAGACACAAGACUCUCAGCAACUAAAGGCAUCACAAUGACUGACCCAACCAAAUUCAGAAGGCUCGUGGGCCAACUCAUAUAUCUUCUCAACACGCGUCCAGAUAUCGCUUAUGCUGUCCAGCAACUAAGCCAACAUAUGCAAACACCUACUGACAUUCACUACGAGGCUGCCCUGCGUGUUCUUCGAUAUCGUAAAAAUACACCUGCACAGGGCAUUUUCUUUUCAAGCAAACAACACCUACAAAUCAAGGCUUUCUCAGACUCGGACUGGGCAACCUGCCCCGACACUAGACGAUCCAUCACAGGGUAUUGCAUCUACUUAGGACAAUCUCUAGUCUCAUGGAAAUCAAAGAAACAACCAACGGUUUCACGAAGUUCCACAGAAGCUGAAUAUCGAUCCAUGGCAACAACGGUAUGUGAAAUUCAGUGGAUCACGAACCUUCUACAGGAGCUCAAGAUACCUCUUCAUACACCUGCCAACUUGUACUGCGACAAUGCUUCCUCCAGACACAUUGCAAGUAAUUCAUCCUUCCAUGAACGUACAAAAGAUAUAGACCUCGACUGUCAUUUAGUAAGGGAAAAGCUACAAGAACGCCUAUUUCAUCUCCUGCCGGUUACUUCACUGCAACAACUUGCAGAUGUUUUCACAAAACCUUUGGACACAACGCCUUUCCUUGAUAAUCUCUCUAAGCUAGGUCUGCAUUCUAUUUACUCCUAG